AAAAAGAAAAAAAAGCUUAAAAGCAUGCGGUUGCAGUGACGCUCUGCGCACCAGCAGGGGGCGAUAAAGACGCGUGAAGGCGAACGCGCCCCCAAGUCUCCGUCCCCCUUUUCCGCUGCUCCUCCGGACCGCAGGUGAAGGCGCAGUGCGGCGGGCUGCAGCACUCACAGACAGGACUCAACCUGUUGCACCGCCGGUCUGGCUGCUCUCGUGCUCCCGUGCUCUCCGUCUGUCCACAAGCGGGCUCUUCUCCUCCUCUGCGCCGCUGUUACACUUUUCUCACAGUUUUGUAGGAGUUGGCAUCCUGAACCGAAGCUGCUGUCAUGAGAUCCUCUGUCCUAGGACCAGUGUGUGCUCUGCUCUUGAUGUUGCGGGAGCCUGCAUGCCGGGGUGAUGAGGUUACCUCCGACACAGUGAACCCAUGCUGUUAUUUCCCCUGUCAGCACUGGGGUGUGUGUGUACGGUAUGAGGAGGACACGUACGAGUGUGACUGCACUCGUACCGGCUACUCCGGGGACAACUGCACUUCCCCGGAGUUCUGGACCAGAGUGCGUCAGUACUUAAAGCCCAGUCCAGAGGUGUUGCAUUACAUCCUCACCCACUUUAACUGGCUCUGGGACGUCGUCAACUACACCUUCCUACAGGACGUCCUGAUGCGACUGGUUCUAACAGUGAGGUCCAACUUAAUACCCAACCCUCCGACCUACAACUCCAAAUAUGACUACCUCAGCUGGGAAUCCUACUAUAAUCUGAGCUACUACACUCGGAUUCUGCCCCCAGUGCCGAAGGACUGCCCUCUACCUCUGGGGGUCAAAGGCAAAGCUGGGCUGCCUGACCCUGAGAUGCUGGUGGAGAGGCUGCUGAAGAGAAGGACCUUCAGACCCGACCCCCAGGGCUCCAACCUGAUUUUUGCCUUCUUUGCGCAGCACUUCACCCACCAGUUCUUUAAGACCUACAACAGCAUGGGUGUGGGCUUCACCAAGGCUCUAGCGCACGGGGUGGAUGCGGGGCACGUUUACGGAGGCGACCUGGAACGUCAGCUUCGGCUCAGGCUUCUCAAAGACGGAAAACUCAAGUAUCAGUUAGUUAACGGCGAGAUGUACCCUCCCACUGUGGCUGACGCACCCGUGAAGAUGAGCUACCCCCCUGGGGUUCCUCCUGAGGCUCAGCUGGCUAUUGGUCAGGAAGUGUUUGGACUCCUCCCAGGUUUGGGAAUGUUCGCCACGCUCUGGCUCCGGGAGCACAACCGAGUCUGUGACGUCCUGAAGGCGGAGCAUCCCACCUGGGAUGAUGAGCAGCUUUUCCAGACCACGCGCUUUGUCAUCAUCGGUGAGACAAUAAAGAUAGUGAUAGAGGAGUACGUGCAGCACCUCAGUGGAUACUUGCUGAAGUUGAAGUUUGAUCCCACCCUGCUGUUUAACUCCGACUUCCAGUAUGGGAACCGUAUCGCUCUGGAGUUCAGCCAGCUCUACCACUGGCACCCCUUGAUGCCGGAAAGCUUCCUUAUUAACGGAGAUGAACUGUCAUACAAGCAGUUCAUCUUCAACAAUACCGUUCUCACACACUACGGCAUUGAGAACCUGGUGGACUCCUUCACUCGGCAAGUUGCCGGUCAGAUUGGCGGUGGCUUUAACAUCAACCCUGCGGUGAGCAAAGUGUCUGUGUUGGCCAUUAAGGAGUCCCGCAAACUCCGCAUGCAGUCCUUCAACGAGUACAGGAAGCGCUUUAACCUCAAGCCGUACACUUCGUUCCAACAGUUCACUGAUAACGAGGAGAUUGCCCGUGAGCUUGAAGAAUUCUACGGUGAUAUUGAUGCACUUGAAUUUUAUCCUGGCCUGCUGUUGGAGAGAACACGUCAGGGGUCCAUUUUUGGAGAGAGCAUGGUGGAGAUGGGUGCCCCCUUCUCCCUUAAAGGCCUCCUGGGAAACCCUAUUUGUUCUCCGGUCUACUGGAAGCCCAGCACCUUUGGGGGCAAAGUCGGCUUUGACAUCGUGAACUCUGCCACACUGAAGAAACUGGUCUGCAAGAACACCAGGACGUGUCCUCAUGUGGCGUUCAGGGUACCAACAGAGGAGCAAUCGAAAACGGGGCAUGAAGACAAAAUUUGUAAAGGUAUUACAGUGACAGUCUAUUCUCUCUCAGGACCAAAGGGUGUCAUCAAUGACUGGAGGAAGUACAAGCAGUUGGAAGUGGAGCAGAAACAAGAGCAGAAGAAAGAGAUGGAAAGACUGAUCAAGAAGCUACAAAGAGAAAUGGAUGUCUUGGUAGGUGGAUUUAAUUACCUUUUGGCCAGAAUGACCAUGCAAGAGUACAACAUGCUCCAGGAAGAAGAGGAUGACGAAGACUUCCUCCAGCAUUAUCGCAUGCAGCGCAUCGAAGAGAUGCGGCGCCAGCUCUGCAACGGCAAGCGCUUUGCGCAGGUCUGUGAGCUUAUUAGCGGCGAGGACUUCCUGGAGGCUCUGGACGAGGAGGACAAAAGCACACUGGUCAUGAUCCACAUCUACGAGCCCGAAAUCCCGGGCUGCGAGAGCAUGAGCGGCAGCCUGAUGUGUCUGGCUCAGGAAUACCCGCUGGUCAAAUUCUGUAGCGUACGCAGCUCGGCCAUCAGCACCAGUGCACUGUUCAGAGACAGCGCUCUGCCUGCUCUGCUUGUUUAUAAAGGAGGCGACCUGAUCGGCAACUUCGUGCGGGUGACGGACCAGCUCGGGGAUGACUUCUUCGCUGUGGACGUGGAGGCCCUGCUGCAGGAGUACGGCCUGCUGCCUGACAAGCCCCCCAACUCCCAGAAGACAGUUCGCAACGGAGCCAUCGUACAGACCACUGUGAGCGAUGAGGACUCUGACCUUGAUAUAGACUAGAGCCUUUAUAUCGUCUAUGAAUUAUUUGCUUUUGAAACGUGUACACAGUCUGAAAGGACUAUAGAUGAUUUUUAUGUAAGUGGACCCCCCCCUAGUGAUGACAGAUUGAGCCAGGAUUGCUAUGUUACUACUCAUACAGCCAGCAGUGAAGCAGAACCAAAAGUAAAUGCAUCAUGGCUGAAUGAUUUUACUCAUGACAUCAAUCCAUGGUAAACAUAAGUUAUCAUAAAAAAAAAAGCACAUUAUUUUUGCCAUUAUUUAAAUCAAGGACCUGUGAGAAUAAUGUAGAUGUUAGUUUAAAUGUUUUGUUUGAGCUGUGACUGUCUCUAUUAUUUAUUCAUUGUGUUAAAACACAAUCGUUGUUUUGUUUCAUUUGAAUCUUCAUUGUAUUGAAUGUGUUUCACUCUAUAGAAUACAAAUCCUGCAGCCCAAACUGAAUCGUAGUUGAUUUUAUAACUUUUGUAUGUGCUGUACCAUUUGAAAUAGGGAGGUGAAUAAACAAAUGUUGGGACUCAG